AUGAAGCUUAAUUCGACACUUUCUGGCUUGGCGCUCGCCAGCGUGCUUGCCUCCUCGUGGACACAUGCGUUGCCGUCUGGAUUGGAUCGACGCCAAAGCGAGACGCAAGGCUACUACAGCCCCGCCACCAACGGCGGCUCGAUGCUGACGGGCAACACGGCUUCUGGCCUCGGCGAGCCGCUCAACGUCAUCGUCUCGGGCCAGUCGGAUAGCGGCGUGCUGAGCCAGGACGGCUUCGAAGAGUUUUCGCGCGCGCUCUACUUUUCGCCCGGCAGCUGCCUCAACAUCAGCCAGGGCGGCUACCAGACCGCCAACCUGGGCGAUGGCAACGGAGCCAAGCCGCAGACCAACAUCAUGCGCUACAACUUCAAGCAGGGCGACGGCGGCACCUGCCUCGAGUCGCUCAAGGGCGGCAACCACUUCCGCUACUGGAUCCAGAACGGCACCGCCGCCAACUCGGGCGCCAUCUUCAUCGCCGCCAGCGUCGAGCUCAACGCGACGCUCAACCACGCCAUCGCGCCCAACGGGUACGACGACGGCCGCGACCAGCUCGUAGGCAACGCCACCGCAGGCACGCUCACCAGCCCCGGUGGCUUCCAGUACACCGUCAGCCGGCAGUCGUCCUCGCAGCUGCUCAGCGGUGUGUCUGCGAGCCAGAUCAACCACGAUAUCGGCAUCGACGGCGUCGUCGAUGUGCUCACCGUCCGUAUCACCAAGAACGGCAGCAUCGGAACGGGUCGCUCCUCGGCCUCUAGCGGCGGCUCCACCAGCACACCCCAGCAGAGUUCCGCGGUGUCUACCCUGACGCUCGAUCUUCGCACCUCGGCAGUCGCAAUCUUGCUCGCUGUUAGCGUGGCAUCAGGCCUUUCGCUCGUUCUCUAG